AUGUAUGCAACCGUGAUACCGUCUCGAAUUCCUGAAAGUGUUUUGAAUGAAACUCAAACAAAGCAUAUGGGCAAACCUGCACGUCCUCUAAUGAGCUUCGUACCAUCCUUGUUGCCUCGACCUGUAGACUCGCGUGAACAGUAUAUCCAGCGGUUGCAGCAACGCAUCCAUGACAUGCAGUCUACUAAGCCCAAUCAACACCAGACAUUGUAUCGCUUACAAGAGAAACAGAAACAACAGAUUUAUUUACAUCCGGUAUUUCAAUCAAAUUUGCAACAACCAGAUCAGGUGUCUGGACAACAGGGGUAUGCUACAAUCACGCAGCGUCGUGGUCGCAACACAUCACAAGUCAAUGCAAGCAACACAUCUGCUUUAGAAACUACCAACCCAUCAACAUGUUUUGAAAGGAAUGCAUACACCUAUGGCUCUAGUCGAGAAAAUGUGAAUACACAAUCAUCAAUGGGAGAUAUUCCUCACAAGCAACCCUCUAAAGCCACACCACCUCGACUUCCAGCACUGAUAAAACAGCAACAUCAAAUUCAAAGACCCUACAGCUCAAAGGUUCCAGUUACAACUACUCCAUUGAAUUCAUCCACUUGUGAACCUCAAAGUCGAAUUCGACUGAAUCACGACAGACGCGACGUUGACCACGAAGUCUGUCAAAACAAUCCAAUACCAACUCGACCACAACAACAAAAGUCGUUGAAGCAAUCAGUAGAAAAGCAUACCAUGCAUCAGCACUCAUUCAAAUCUGCCCCAUCUGCUCACUACAAGUUUACGAAUUCGGUGAUUCAGCCCAUUCAAUUGGGUUCAAUCGUGUCAAAUGAACCUCUUGUUGGUAAAGACCGUCACAUUCAGCCUAUGAAACAUGACACGGAACAGGCUACAUUUCCUGAAUAUAUGGAGAUUGGUCCAACACAACAAUGCGUGCAUUGUACGCGAUCGUUUACAUCAGAUCGAAUAGAUAAACAUAUGGAGUCAUGCAAGAAACUAUCGCAAGGGCAAAUUCGACGAAAAGUGUUUGAUCCUACAGUAAUGCGAACUCGAGGUACAGAGGCUGAAGUGUUUUUGAAACAAAAAUCCGUGAAAAAGAAUGUGUUGGGUAUUGCAAAAGGUGCUUUUGCCAUGGACGAAACAAGUCAAUCGGAUAACACUUCAAACUGGAGAGUCAAGCAUGAACAAUUUAGACAAUCAUUGAUUGAAGCACGAAUGGUAUCAAAGUUUUUGGCUAAAGGUGGGAAAGCAAAGGAUCUUCCUCCUACAGCUCCAGCAGUCAAUACAGGUAAGCCAUGUCCAUCUUGUGGUCGAAAGUUUGCCGAGGCGUCAUGGGAGCGACAUACAGGUAUAUGCGUCAACCUCAAGCAUGGACCGCCAAAACGAAAAAAAUAGGAUUCGUUGAGUAAAAAAUUAGUAAAUAGAGCUGUAGACUGCAUCAAUGAUGUGUUACACUUUUAGAUUUGUUCCAGGGAUAUUUACGAUAAAGACUCGAUCACCGAAUGUGCCUGUAGCAUGGUAUAUUAAAUCUGCAAGUCCCGAAUUCCACCAAUCUUGUGUUGAAAAACAGUUUAAUAAAAACGUUCAAUUUAAAA